AUGGAGAAAACAAAACCCAUCUUGCGAAGUCAUUGUGUAAUCUGCUUGUCACUGCAUUACAUUGGCGCCACUGAAAAUGACGUUCUCAUCGCUGAGAACUUGGUUCGACUUUCGGCAAGUUCUUUGAGGACAUAGGUUGAUUAAAGCUUUCGAAAUUUUACAGGGGAAGUACUUCAAGUGCAACGCUCAGAUUUUGAUGAAACUUGGCAAACUUUAGAACAAUCUUUUUAAAGAAGAAUCAGAAAAUUCUGACUCGCGCUUUGCAGAAAUGACCUCAAUUUUUAGGUCCAAAGUUGAAAAAAAUGUGAAAUUUUUUAUCGCGGAUUUUGGCAUGAAAAGUUUCGUGGCUAUUUGUACAGUAGUGUGUAAUAUUUCCACAAAAAAAAAUGUUUUUCCGAGCAAAACUAGCAAAGUUACGGCCAAAAUGCAAAUAUAAAUAGACUUGAAAAAAAGUUUUUUUUUCACCCCAACUCAACCAUCUUCCAUUUUCAGCUUGUUUCCCCACGAUUCUCGCAAUUAGUUCGAAUCCGAAUCAAGCAAAAGACGAUUCAAGUCCUUCUGGACCGCCGCAGAUUCAGACUGGUCCUUGAAGACACUGAAUAUGACGUCUCUUCCUUCGCAGUCCUACAAUUCUUCGUCUCGGCAUUCCUAAGCUCCGAAGGUACAGAGACGGUCCUGUUCUAUGCGGAUGAUCCAGAAAUGCCAGAGAGUUGGGUGAACUCGAGGAAUGUCGGGCGAAUCGGAAGGCUGUUUGCAGGUAAGUUAUAAAAAUGCUUUGCUUUUUCUGGGUAUUAACUUGAUUAUCUCGUAUAAUCAAAAAUUAAAGAGAGUUGUGACAGUGGCGGACCGGACCCAGUGGCAAAAAACGUUCCAUUUUGACUCCGGGAAGUAUCAAAAAUGUGGCAAAAUACCUCCCUCUCCGAGUGAAAAGACUCUGAUUUCAAAAGCCCGCCCUUAUCCUUAUAGUUAAAAAAGCAGGCCCGCCAUUGAAAUUUUUGCCUUUUCAUUGGAAGUGGAGGCAUUUUGCUGCUUUUUUGAUACUUCCUGGAUGCAAAACGGUACGUUUUUUGCCAAUGGGUCAGGUUCGAUGCUCUAACAAGUCUCUGUAAUUUGGGGACGCCUACAGUGUCGGAGCUGAUCCAGUGGCAAAAAACGUUACAUUUUGCAUCCGGGAAGUAUCAAAAAAUGCGGCAAAACACCUCCUUCUCCAAGUGAAAAAAAACCCCGAUUUCAAAAGCUUGCCUUUCAAAACGAAUUUUUUUAUUUGGAGAGGGAGACAUUUUGCUGCAUUUUUUGACACUUUCCUGAUGCAAAAUGGAACAUUUUUUGCCACUGGAUCAGGUCCGUCACUGUAUGUUUCAUUUUAGAGAAGCUGACAAACGCCAAAUUUCAACUGCGAUGUCCUCAUUACUUCCCUGGCUGUCGAGCACGGCUGUACCCUCUAUUUGAAGCCAUUUCCCCUCGGCUCAGCUCAAUUGAAUGUCGAUUGGAAGGUGAGUGUCCCAAGUGUGACAUUUUAAGCAUGAUUUAUUUCUAAUUAUAAAUUAGGAAAGCGUAUACCAAUUUCUGUAUAUAAAUAUCGGGCGGAUACCAUUUUGAGACCUUUUUGCGAGCUUAAUUCUCUUUACUAGCUCAUUAUUCCUUUCAUUUUGCAAUUCCAAAUUUUGCGACAAAAAAAUUUCAGAACUGUAUGUCUGGCCAGAAAGCCCGCGGCCAUCGGCUUUUGAGGAAAUAUUGGCAAGGCAAGUAUUUUCGCAGUUUUGUCUCCACCCCCUUCGGAGCUAAAGUUUUUGGAAACUUAAAAAUUCCAUAAAAUUCAGAUCAAUUUGCGACGAAAACGGCCCAUUGCUGAAAGUCACACUUGGGGUACUUCCUUUGUUAACAGAUAUCCGGUUCAUCCAGCCGGUGGAGGCGAUCGAAGUGACCAUUGACUUCCCGGAAUACGAGCAGCCGCCUUAUUGUAAGUACAGUGACGGGCCUGAUCCAGUGGCAAAAAACGUAUCAUUUUGCAUCCGGAAAAUAGCAAAAAUGUGGCAAAAUGCUUCCCUCUCAAAAUGAAAAAACUUCGUUUUGUAGGACGCACGCCCUUUCCCUCACAUAAAUUGCGGGGGCGCGUUUGAAAUCGGAGUUUUUUCACUUGGAGAGGGAAGCAUUUUUCCACAUUUUUUGAUGCUUUUCGGAUGCAAAGUGGUACGUUCUUUGCCACUGCAUCAGUUCCCCUAUUGUAGUGACUAUAGACCAUUCUUAAAACCUGAUUUUGCUUAUUCCUUCAGCUUCAGAUUUCCAACCGCUCUUUGCGAUCAAGGCAGAAACAAUAAAUUGCAAGGCCUGUUUAGCGUUGAACGACUUCUUUUGCGCGAGGUAAGAAAAUAUAAUCAUUGUGCCUCUACAGUGACGGACCUGAUCCAGUGACAAAAAACGUUCCAUUUUGCACCCGGGAAGUAUCAAAAAAUGUGGUAAAAUGCCUCCAUCUCGAACCUAAAAAAUCCGCUUUGAAGGGCUCCCUCACAUAAAGAGCAGGCAGGCUUUUGAAAUCGGGGUUUUUUCAUUUGGAGGGGGAGGUAUUUUGACACAUUUUUUUUACUUCCCGGAUACCAAAUGGUACGUUUUUUGCCACUGGAUCAGGUCCGCCACUACAAUUUCUGAAGCCAAAUUUUUUCAGAUACCCAACACAAGAACGAUGUAAAAAGUUGACUUGCAGUGCAAAUCUGUUGUUGGUCCCAUUUGAGGGGUUUUAUGAGACGAUUUUUGACGAGCUCAAGGCGACAUUGCCAAAUUUAGAAAGCCUUGAAAUUAUGGGAAAGGAAGUGCAAUCUCAUGAGCUGGUCUUGGAGAGCCUAGCCGUUACAGCUGGUUUGGAUGCAGAAGUAAGUCAAAGUUAUGUAUUCCAGUCGUAAAUCGCAAGUGAAAAAACAUGAUUUUAUCAGACUUUCCAGCCCAAGUCAACAACUUUUUUUACUUUUGUUGGGGUCCGUUUUUACAAGAGAAGUCUUGAAAGUUCGACGAUAGUCUAAAUUUAGGCGAAGUUUCAUCAAAAUUCAAACAUAAACGCAAACGGUCCAGCCAAUUAAUUGGCGAUUCUCACAAAAAAAAACUUUUUUGUCGGGGAAGAAAUGGGGAAUUUUUGAGGCGAGAGAGUACGUUUUUGCGCGUCUUUUCUCUGUCUUGUCUGUCAUAUCAAGACGAAUUGUAAAAAACCGAUAGCGAAGAGUCUAUUCCGCUCAUCGGACUCCUCAGUUUGAAGUGCGUGGCAUUCGGCGCUCCUCCUAUGUUAUUAUGUUGUUUCCUCACCAUGGUAUCCUUGAAAAACACAAGAUUCCACAUGCAAUAAACCAUUUUUUCAGUUCAACGCCCAAACGGUCAAAAUGAUAAUUUGGCAUGUCCGGAAUAUCUGCGAGCUUUCCGAAUACAAGACCACCUUAUAUGUCAAGGUUGGCGUCACAACUUCGGCGUGGAGAACGGCCAUCAAAACGAUGCUUGGUCUGGCCUUCGACAAUGUAAAUAUAAAGAAUACGUAUGAGAUGGUCAAAAUUCGGUUCCAACACAAGACCACCACAGUCGUUAUUGACAUAUUCUACGCAACACCAGUGUCUUACGGUUAUAAUGAUAUCUAA